UCUCAGGAGGUAUAAAAGGUCGGCUGCCCUGUCUGGCAGGUGCUCUGCUGACAGCAGCCUUCCUCCUACAGCUCAGCUCCUCACACAGACCCAAGGAAAAGAGAAUAGUAACAAGGAAAAUCCAUCCACAAUGCCACAAAAUGUUGUUCUCCAAGGACCGUCACCCUGGGGAUUCAGGCUCUCAGGAGGAAUAGAUUUUAACCAACCCUUAAUCAUAACCAGGAUUACACCUGGAAGCAAGGCUUCAGCCGCCAACCUGUGCCCUGGUGAUGUUAUUAUAGCUAUUGAUGGUCUAGGCACAGAGAACAUGACACAUAAUGAUGCCCAGGAGAGAAUCAAAGCAGCUACACAUCAGCUUUCUUUGAAAAUAGAGAGGGCGGGAACUAAAUUAUGGUCCCCACAAGUUGCAGAAGAUGGCAAAGCACAUCCCUUCAAGAUAAAUUUGGAAGCUGAACCUCAGGAAUUCAAGCCUAUUGGUACAGCUCACAACAGAAGGGCCCAGCCUUUUGUUGCAGCAGCAAAUAUUGAUGACAAAAGACAGGUAGUGAGCUCCUCCUAUAACUCUCCAAUUGGGCUCUAUUCAUCUGGCAAUAUUCAAGACGCGCUUCAUGGACAACUGAGGGGUCUCAUUCCUAACUCAGCGCUACACGGGUGCAGCACUCCCUCGGGGCUGGACUGCGGCAGCGGGCGCAGCACGCCCUCCUCCAUUAGCACCGUCAGCUCCAUCUGCCCCACGGAGCUGAAGGCCGCGUCCAAGAUGGCGCCCAACAUGCCCCUGGAAAUGGAGCUUCCCGGCGUCAAGAUUGUACACGCCCAGUUUAACACCCCCAUGCAGUUGUACUCAGAUGACAAUAUCAUGGAAACACUGCAAGGCCAAGUUUCUACAGCUCUGGGGGAAACACCUGUCAUAAGUGACCCAUGUCCCAACUCAGUGUGUCAGUCUGACGUGUACAAGAUGCUGCACGCCGACCAGGAGGAGCCCAGUCAGCCGCGCCAGUCUGGCUCCUUUAAGGUGCUCCAGAAUUUAGUCUCCGAGGAAGAUGGGCGCCCUGUGGGAACAAGAAGUGUGAAAGCACCUGUAACAAAGAUACCUACUGCCAUGCCUGGUGUCCAGAAAGUGCCACAGUGUGACAAAUGUGGGAGUGGGAUUCUAGGGACAGUGGUGAAGGCACGUGAUAAAUACCGGCACCCGGAGUGCUUUGUGUGCUCUGACUGCGAUCUGAACCUGAAACAAAAAGGCUACUUCUUUGUGGAGGGCCAGCUCUACUGCGAAGCUCACGCCCGCGCCCGCAUGAGGCCACCAGAGGGGUACGAAACAGUCACGGUUUACCCCAAAUGCUAG